AUCCCCCACAAGCUCACCGUUGAAAAGUACACUUGUGUGGUAUUUUGAUGUGGCUGUCUAACCCAACCACGCUUCUUGAAGCUCACUUGGACUCCGAGGGCAAUAUUAAAGAUACCAUACCGUCUUCAGACUGAAUUAUAGGAACUGAAAUGGCAAAAGAUAAUAAACGUGGGCCGAGAACCGUCAAAAGGUCAGAGAACACCGAACAUACCGUCACGUCACAAACGGAAACAAAGGAAAACAAGCCAGCAAACAAGGAUUCUGCAGUUAAAACACCAUCAAUUCUCCAGACUCUGCAGAGUCCAAGCAAACCCAGAUCUCCAUUAGGUGAAAAUUCAAGCACGCUAAUCCAGGAGGGAAAUGGUUCGGAGGCAACUAGUUCGGAUUCCUCAAAGCCUAAAAAAGACAUGCCCAGUAAAAUUAAAUCUGAAAGCUAUGAGCAGAAAUCUGAAGUGACAUGCCCGAGUCCUGAGGAGACAAAGCAAGCUUCUGACCAGCCUAAGCAAAAAGAAACCACCAAACAAUCUGAUGUCAAAUCUACAGUGGAUGCUAAAGAUUCAGCACCAAAAACUAAGACUAAAACCGGCCGUAAAACCAGAGCAAGAAAGGUGGAGAAUAAAGGACUUCAAAACAGAAAGGUCACAGACUAUUUUCCCAUCAGACGGAGUAACAGGAAAACUAAAACUGAGAUAAAGAGUGAAGAGCACAAAUACAUAGAUGAUCUGAUAAAGAACAGCACAGAAGAAGGAAUGCAGGUCAAACACAUAGAGGGAAAAGGAAGAGGAGUGUUUGCUGUUAAGGCUUUCAAAAAGGGAGAUUUUGUAGUCGAAUACCACGGUGACCUUCUGGACUUAACUGAGGCUAAAAAGAGGGAGGCUGAGUAUGCCAAGGAUCCUGAAACAGGCUGUUACAUGUACUACUUCCAGUAUCAGUCUAAAACUUACUGCGUGGACGCUACAAAGGAAACUGACCGUUAUGGAAGACUGCUGAACCACAGUAAAAAUGGAAACUGCCAGACAAGGCUCCAUUCUAUCGACGGGAAACCUCAUUUGAUCUUGGUGGCUUCCAGAGACAUUAAAUCAGAGGAGGAGCUACUCUACGACUAUGGAGAUCGGAGUAAAGACUCCAUCUCUGCACACCCUUGGCUCAAAUACUGAAACCUUCAUCUUAUUAAAAAAUUAGGUAAAUUAUUAGGUAGCCAGUGUCACAUUACACAUGUGGGCUUUACAUAAAGAAAAGCCACAAAUGAACGUAAAAUGUUUUUUCUAUGAAGUAAGAUUUUUGAAAGUUAAAGCUGCAACUUGAGUAUUUUAAAGCGUUUUUACAUUUUUGGGAGAUGAACUGUAGCAGGUAGAUGUAAGCUUAGAGCAGCAUUUUUUUAGGAAGUGAUUAACUGUCUGGCAGCUUUUCUCUGUCAAGUGGAGUCACUUCUAGGUGCUGUAAGUGACCUGAGUUGACCUGAGCUGCAUUGUAAGAAAUAAAAUCAAUUUAAGUUAUUUCAACUGGUUCCACUAAACCAAGUUUCUUAAAUAUAAAGAGAAAUAUUUACUUUUAACAUGUCUAACAAUGUAUAUCAUUCUUCAUGUUUAAGCAACUUGGUUUGGUGGAACCAGUCGACGUCACUUUAAGUAAGUUCAAUAUUUCAUUUUUAGAGUGUUGAGUAUUUAAGAAUAAAAUAUUGUUGCAUUUAAAUUUUAGCGAGACAUGGUCAGUGUUGAGAAAAGUCCUAUUAAAUAUGAUGCCUUGAA